AGCAUCGCGGAUGUACAGUCCUUUUCUAUUCUGGGGCAGCCUGCUUUUCAGAACCUGAUUGAAGGAAUUAGUGGUGGUGUAGAGUUAUGUCCUUUCAUGUUGAUUUUUUUUAUUCAUGUUUAUGCUGAUAUGAACAAAGGAAUUAGCAAAUUCACCUCCCGGAAAUAUGGUAAAACGAAAUUAAACAAAUAAUGAUACAGCACGCCUGUUUUUACACGUGCGUUCUCAAAAAUGUAAUUUUAAUGUAUUCUAAAAGUAUUCUGCAUUUCUAGUAUUCUGCUUUCUAUGUACUGUAACGGAAAACAUUACUGAAUACAUUUAUGGCAAUGCAUUCAAUAUUCAGCCAUCACUUCCCUAAUAAUGAUCAAGAUCGUCAGUAUUGCAUGGUAUUGAUUACGACAAUGUGCAGUAGAACAUUUAAGAAGAACUGUAGCAUGAUGGUUGAGAUUCCAGGCUCGACGUAGUUCAGAUUGGGUUCCCACAUUUUAUAGAAUUGGUCUGUUUUUGAAUGUAAUCUAGCUGUACGGUACUCUAAUGACACUACAUCAAACUGCACUCUCUGCCAGCCUUUAACAGUUCAUACUUUUUCGUGAAUCCACUGCAAUAAAAUGCUCUUCUUUGCAGCAUAAGAAUGCAGUAUAAUCUUGUUUUUUCAUGCAACAUCUCUGCUAGUUCAUAACUAAAUAUUUUUCCUGUUUCAGUCAGCACUUUAGACCAUAUUUGCAUCUUAUGGCAUGACCAAAGAUAGCAAGAGUACCAGUUUUUGUCUUCCCUUUAAGACACAGGUGAAAAAGUGGUAUAUAAAUGAUGUGUAUGGUUGGGGGAUACAUGCUUUCUGUGUAUUAUCUUGAAGUGUAUUGCUUUAGCAUGAUUGCAGACAUCUGUUGUGACCGAGUUCCCUCUCCCAUGUCCCCCUAAGCCCUUUUAAUGGUGGUACAUGUAGCUCUGCUAUGUAUUGUUUUAUGAAAUAAUCUUAUUUUAGUAGUUCUAAUUAAAUGAAUGGGAGUGUGCGUAAAUCUUUAUACCUUUUGACCAUGAAUUAGAGCAGAAUUCUUUGGCAUUUUUUUUAUCUGUUCACAUCCUAAUAAUUUUGCUUGUAUAUUAUUUUCCUCUUCAUUUUCUUGAUCUCAACUAUUUCCAAUUUCUAAAUGUGGUGAUUUUAGCUUCACAAUUGAUGAUUUUCUGCGGUGUUAUCUAGAGAACUUGAACUCCAUAAAAGCAACACCAUAUUAGUUCCCUAACCCACACCAAUCCAAUAGUGUCUAAUUUUUCUGAGGUCUGGGUCCCUUGGAAUUAUCCUGGUGCUUCACAUCCCUUUUAUUUCUCUUGUUUCCAGGUAGACCACCUUUCUUCCCAAGAACCAGAAUUGCCGGAGUCGUCAAGGAUUGAGGAGGACCACAAGGAUGCGUCAGAAUGGGAGUAUCCAGAGGACAUUGAAAGUGAGAGUGAUACAGAAGAUGGACUCAUUCUGAAGCACAGAACUCGAAACGCUAACAAGCAAAAAGCCCCACAGCAAGCUGAGCAGAGACCACAAAAACUAGCCAUGCCCACUUAUGAGGUUAAAUGGUCAUCAUCUCCAGAUGUUGCACAACCUUACUGUCCUGUCACAUUACGGAAAGUACCUGGGCCCACAAAAUUCGCAGUGAAACAUGUCAGUGACAUAAGGUCAGCAUUCGAAUUAUUUAUUUCUAAGUCAAUUCAGAAAGACUUUCUGAAAAUGACCAACCUUGAGGGAAAACGCCUUUACAGUAAGCAAUGGAAAGACAUGGAUGAAAUAAAUAUGCAGGCCUUCUUUGGGGUCCUCAUCCUCACAAGUGUCUACAAAUCAAAAAGUGAGAGAGUUGGCAGUCUGUGGGAUGCCAAGACAGGAAGACCUAUUUUCAGUGCAGUAAUGUCAUUGUCGGACUUUUGCAAAUGCACAAAUUCCAUCAGAUUUGACAAGUGGAAAAAAUGUGAGAGACGGCAGAAGGACGAGUUGGCAGAAAUUCAACCUGUGUGGGACAAGUGGGUUGAGCAGCUUCCACUCAUGUAUAAUCCUGGAUCCAGUGUGACUGUGGGUGAACGCCUUGUUGGAUAUAAAGGCCAUUGCUCAUUCAGACAGUAUAUGCCAUCCAAACCAAAAAAGUACGGCAUAAAAAUCUGGACUGCAUGUGAUGCUGCUUCCUCCUAUGCGUGGAACAUGCAAAUCUACACAGGGAAGGGAAAGGGUGGCAUCUCAGAGAAAAACCAGGGAAUGCGGGUGGUGCUCGACAUGACACAGGGCCUCAGCGGCCACAACAUCACUUGUGAUAAUUUUUUCACAUCAUAUAACCUGGGACAAGAACUCCUCAAGCGUAACAUGACUAUGGUUGGCACAGUCAAACCCAGCAAGUCAGAGUUGCCGCCUGAGCUUUCCACACUGAAGGAUAGGAAAGUGAAGUCCUCGGAGUUUUUAUUUACAGACAAUACUACUCUGGUGUCAUACGUACCACGAAAAGGCAAGAAUGUGAUGCUGAUGAGUACACAGCAUCGAGAGGGACGGAUCAGUGACAGAGAAGACAAGAAACCGGAGAUGAUUCUGCAUUAUAAUGCCACAAAAGGAGGGGUAGACAAUUUAGACAGGUUGGUGGCCUGUUAUAGCUGCCAUCGAAAGGUUACACGGUGGCCCCUUGCGAUCUUUUAUAACAUGAUGGAUAUAUCUGCAUACAAUGCUUUUGUGAUCUGGCUGGCAAUAAAGCCAGACUGGGAAAAAAGUAACUACAAUAAGCGCUGGAGAUUGUUUCUGGAGGAGCUGGGAAGGGAACUUGUGUUCCCUCACAUCCAAGGGAGAGAGGUAAUUCCAAGGGCUCCAGCGGCUGCUAUGAUGAUAAGAAAGAUUCGAGUGGACGUUGUUGGGACCUCAGGUGCAGGAUGCAACCCUCCAGUGCCUUCAGCUGCAGCUGGUGGUGUAAUGAAGAACCGCUGCCAGGAUUGUCCCCCUUCAAAGGACACGAAGACCAUUUCCAUGUGCACCACCUGCAACAGAUUAAUCUGUGUGAAGCACAGAGUGAAGCUCUGCUUUGGAUGUGCGUAGUGUGGGAGUAGACGAAAUAUGUGAAGCGAAUAACGUUGCCUGUCUUGUAGAAACAGUGCAUGUCAAAGUCUAUAUAUAUUAAGGUUAGUUGAUACUUCACUUUUCAGUCUGUGCCUUCGGACUGUGGAUGGUAGUGCGUGCUGAUUUUAGAAUGACGGAAUAAUGUUGAUUUUAUAAAUACGGUAUACUGCAGUAUAAUGUCUGGACAGUAAAAAUUAGAUAUGCGGAUAUCUCUUAGUUUCUGAUUGUGCAUCUCCUGCAGCUCUUCUGUUUUUCUUGAUUGACCUCUGCUGCCACCUGCUGGAAAUUAUCUUGCAACGUGCAGGUGACAGAGCAUUGUGUUCUAUUGUAACCUGCGAUUUAUGACACGCUGUAACUGCUCACUGGUUAAAGGCUCAUAUCUUCAACUUAGACAAAUGUGACAGAAUAUGACAGAAUAGUUCUUGUUGGUCUGUGUUCCUAAUUGCUAUUAAUAACCAUUUAUUGUGUUGUAACUAAUACUUUUUCUUUAAGUAUAUUGAAGAUUUAUAAUAAUAGUUUUGUAUAUGUGUACUGCUUGAAAAUUGUAAAUAUGAUCUGGGUCACUUUAGCCCAGGCCAACACUACCAAACAGUACAAUGUCUCAGCACAUGCCCAGUUUUAGACUAAGUACUUUCUUUGUCAUUUUUGUAACCCGAGAGAUGAAUAGUAGUAAAACCAUACAGUUAUUCUGACACUAGCUGAGUUUUUCACUGUUAUGCAGUCUGCUCUUUUCUUUUGUUACUAUUUGAUGCUGCUAUCCCAUGAUCAUCCCCGAUUCCCCACCAUAUUAUAUACAUCCUUUGGAAUUUUUCAAGGGUCACUGAUAUUAAGUGAAAUACUUCCUGCAGACUAAUUAGCAUUGAACGUGUUUAAGAUGAUUAACCUUGUUAAUGUUUUACUUGUAUGAUAUAAAUAAAAGGAAGCCUGUUUGACUGUG